CCUAGGGUUUUCAUUUUUGAUUGAGGAGCGGGAAAAACAUAUCCAAAACUUUUCAAUUUCUCACUUUCUCUCUCUUCUUUCUCACCUUCUCUCUUCACUCGAUCCACACACUCUCUCUCUAAGCUUCAAACUUUUCACUAACCCAUUUUCCGUUUUUCAGUGAAUUUCAAAACCCUAGUUUUUGUUUUUUGUAAUCUUCAACCAUAUGCAAGAACGUUGAAACCCUAGUUUUUUACCCAUUUUUACUGGGUUUUUGAAUUUGAUGAAAUUACUAUGAUUUUUGUGGUGAAUUUGUCAAUUGAAGAUGACUAAAGACGCCCCAGAAUCAAGUGGAGGUGCAUUCCAUGCGGUUCAUGCAGAACGUGACUUACAAUCCAAUUGGGAAGUUGACCUAGCCAAGAAACUUGAAGAGUAUUUGUUGAAAAUAUGUUCUGGUGAAAUCACUGGUGAAGAACAUGUGAAUUUUGCUGAAGCUGCUUUGCUGCUUCAGGGUUCGAUACAGGUGUAUAGUCGAAAAGUUGAAUAUCUAUACAACUUGGUAUUGCGUGCUUUGGAGUUCCUUUCUCAGAAAAGACAGGCAGAUCCUGUAGAUGGGGAAUCAGUCCAACCCGAUGAAGCUGGCCCUUCUGCUGUUGCUGUUGAAGAAAAUGAUCAGUUUUGGGGCUUAGAUGACAUCCCAGUUGAUGAAAAGAAUUCAUUGGACAGUUCAGCAGGAAAAGAUGUGAAUUUGGACCAGUUCAUAAAACCCCCUGCAAAUCUAGUUGUUCUUGAAGGCGACUGCUUGGAUACUGGCGGUGAUGGAGGGGAGUUGGAGUCUUAUCUGCUGUCCACCACUGACUUGUACCAAGAUUUUAUUUUAUUGGACAUGUCUGAUGCUGUUGCAGUUGAUGAGUUUAUGAAAGGUGGAAAAGCCGGUACAACACGUAAUGGUACUAACAAAGCAACCUCAACCCGUAAAAGCUUUCUUUCUCCUAGACGUUCUGGUGGAAGUGCUCAUAAAUCAGCUGCAAAGAGUCAGCGUGCUAAUUCCAUGUGCUCUCCUAAAAAUUUUAAUUUUGAAGACAAAGAUGCUCGGCCCAAUUCUCCGGCCUCUGCUGGUUUUGAUAACGGUGACUUUGGACCUAAUAUGGAUGAUGGAUUUGAUACACAAAUGGAUGCAGACAAUUCUGAUUUAGAGGAUGAAGAUGAUCCAUGGAAACCAUUGAAUCCUCAUGAACCAGGAAACUUGAAAGUGAAGCCCUUUCGAAAAGUGAAAUCUUCAAGAAAGAUUAGAAUCAAUGUGAAACAUCGAGUAUCUAUGAGCACCUUGUUUCCACUUGCAAAAUUGCAUGGUCCUAUCAGUCCAGAGCUCAUGGAAAUGUGGGAGAUGCGACGUUGUGCCCAUCAACGACGAAAGGAUUCUCAAUCCACUCCAACAUUAUAUGAGAAGUUGAGGCAAUCUCUUAUUAAUGAUGGAAAUGAAACCGGUGGAGCGUUUCUUAACACUGAAGAUGACAAUGAUGACAACGAAUGGGAUAAUGGAUAUCCCGAAAUUGAUAUGCCUGGCAAUGACGUCAUGGAUGAAGAUCUACCUCCUUUCAAUAAUGAGCAUGAAGUUGAGGAUGUUCAUGCUAAUGCGGAUGAAGCUGUAGAUCUUGAAUUUCCAGAUUCUCAGACAAGUUUGGAAGACCUUUGCCGCUCUCAUCUGAAUGCUCUCUUAGCUAGCAUAGCUGAAACUGAGAAGCAAACGGAAAUGGCUGCUAGGGUUUCAACAUGGAAACAAAGAAUCGAGCACAACUUAGAAGAACAGGAAUCACAUCCACCGUUUGAUAUCCGAGACUAUGGUGAAAAAAUUAUGGACAAACUAUCCCUUGAAGAAAGCAGCAGCAAUGUCUUGCCAUUUUCUGACUUGGUCAAGGGACAAGUAAAGUACGACGUCUCCCGAAGUUUCUCUUCACUUCUUCAACUGGUGAACAAUGGAGAAGUUGAUCUACAAAGACAUGAUGCUCCCGGAGAAUCUUUUUGUUACACAUCUGUUAAUCCUUUUCAUGUUAGGCUCCUAAAGCAUGAUAAGAGACAGGAGGUUGUGAAGCAGUUUGGUAUAUCGAAAAAGAGAGCAAAGUCUCCAACAAAAAAACCGUCUCCAAAUGGCGAGAAAAAAACAAGAAGGGAAAAAUCUCCAACAAAAGAACCAUCUCCAGAGGGUGAGAAAAAAACUAGAAGAGAAAAAUCUCAUUCAAAAAAACCGUCUCAAGAGGGUGAGAAAAAAUCUAGAAGAGAAAAAUCUCCAACAAAAAAACCGUCUCCGGAGGGUGAGAAAAGAACUAGAAGAGAAAAAUCUCCAACAAAAAAACCGUCUGCAGAGGGUGAGAAAAGAACUGGAAGAGAAAAAUCUCCAACAAAAAAACCGUCUCAAGAGGGUGAGAAAAGAACUGGAAGAGAAAAAUCUCCAACAAAAAAACCGUCUCAAGAGGGUGAGAAAAGAACUGGAAGAGAAAAAUCUCCAACAAAAAAAUCGUCUCCAAAGGGUGAGAAAAAAACUAGAAGAGAAAAGUCUCCCAUCAGCUCAUCUUCUAGGGAACAUGGAACAACAGGGUUAACAUCACCCACCAAUUCCAGUUCAUCUUCUAGGAAACAUGGACGAACAGGCUUAACAUCACCUACCAGUUGUAAGUUUUCUGUAAACCUUGGAAAGGCGAGUGCUAUGAAGUUCUCUCCUCAAUCCAAAAGACGGCGUAGAUCUCCAUUAAUCGAGCCAGUUAACGUACAUUCAGCAGGGUGACACUGACAUUUGCAGCAGCUUAUUCCUCUCAGCCUGGAAUGAUUUAAUUCAAGACAUUUGCUGAAUGUCUUACCCCUUAGUUAAGUUUGUGUAUUCAUUAGAUUCCUAGUUCUCACUAAUUAGUAGUUUUUUCAGUUUUCAUCUGUAUCAUUAUUGCUAUUGCCCCAAGUUUAACAUAUUUGAUGUAAUGAUAUCACCAUGUAACACCAUACAUUCUUAUUAAUGUACGUAAUAAUUUCCUUCAUUCUCAA